GAUCGGACUGAUCAUGACAGAAGUUGAAGACCCUCCACGAGUCCCCGUCUCCUACCGGCUCGUGCCCGAUGGAUAAGCUCUACGCAAAGCUCUCUGAGCAGCACUCCAUUAUGGAGCAGCAGAAAGAGGCUCAGAAGUCUUCGGGUAACGAGGAUCCGUACAUGCGUGGCCUGGAGUCUCAGUCGUCCUCCAACUCCCUCCCCAUCACUCCGGCUGCCGAGGGCUUCUCUGCGUCGACCGUUCCGACCACCAGAUCGGCCAGCGCCACGCCCAACGAAGGCCAGACGACUUCUGAGGAGCUCUUGCGGCUCAAGCUUGAGCUUGCCGAGGCCCAGAGCAAAAUUUCUCGUCUCGAUCAGGAGCUGGCACAGACUCGUAUGGCCAAGCAGGACAGUGGACGUGCGACGCCAGCCUUCAUCGCUGACGCCGAUUACGCAUCGGUCAUGCCCCCUGUCGCCUCUCCGGCUGCCUCGCGGGCCCACGCUGGUGGCUUGGUGUUCAAUGCUGCCGGAAAGGUGACCCCGUUUAUUCGCGAACAGAACUGGAUCGCCCAGGACGACACUCGCUCAGACAUUAAUGAUUCUCUGGCCCCUGGAGGUUUCAAUCGUACCCGCGCCAUCUGGAACACCAACAAGCCCUCCUUUGGAGCCGGCUUUCCUCAGGGCCAGCUGAUGGCUGAUGGGGCCCAAUCGACGCCGUGGGCCAACAGCCGAGCCCUCACCCAUGAGCCCACCUUCCCGCCAUCCGGCAUGGACAUGUAUCGCCAGGACCGGAUGGCUGCGGACCAGGAUGGCAUGAGGCCCAUUGGACGGCGCGGAAACCGAUAUGACCAUCGAUAUGCAUCGUCCGGCAACUUUGGAGGAGGGUUUGGCGGGUACAACAUGCCGGCCGGGCCCUACGAAUCAGGCUCGGCUUAUCCCUCUGGCCCGCAAGGCGUGAUGACAGGCGGCAUGGGAAUCGGAAUGUAUUCGUCUUACCAGCAGCAACCAGUUGGGACGCCUCUCUCGCCCCAUGCAACCGAGUUCACCUCCUCCGGUGCGCCGUGGAAGGCUGAGAGUCUGGCUUCUGAAGGCCAAACCUAUGUGUCGCCCACCACGGAGCCUCUCAACUAUCGUCGGCUGCUUGAUCGCAAUGUCACUUGUGACUGGAAGUACAUCGUUGACAAGAUCGUCUGCAACAACGACCAGCAGGCCUCCAUCUUCCUUCAGCAGAAGCUCAAGGUCGGAACACCUGAGCAGAAGUACGACAUUGUUGAGGCCAUCGUUGCCCAAGCAUACCCUCUGAUGGUCAACCGCUUUGGCAACUUCCUGGUACAACGCUGCUUUGAGCAUGGCACACCUGAGCAAGUCAUCAAGAUCGCCGAGGCUAUUCGUGGAAACACGCUCAACCUGUCGAUGGAUCCCUUUGGCUGCCAUGUGGUGCAAAAGGCAUUUGAUUCGGUGCCGGAGGAAUACAAGGCGAUCAUGGUCCACGAGCUGCUGCGACGGAUUCCCGAAACGGUUAUUCACCGUUACGCUUGUCACGUCUGGCAGAAGCUCUUCGAGCUGAGGUGGGCUGAGUCCCCUCCGCAGAUCAUGAAGUACGUCAACGAAGCCCUGCGUGGCAUGUGGCACGAGGUUGCCUUGGGCGAGACGGGCAGUCUGGUCGUUCAAAAUAUUUUCGAGAACUGCCUGGAGGAGGACAAGCGCCCCUGCAUCGAAGAGGUCCUGGCCAACAUCGACAUCGUCGCGCACGGCCAGUUUGGGAACUGGUGUAUUCAACACAUUUGCGAGCACGGCGCCCCUGCAGACCGCAGCCGGGCCAUCGACCAUGUGAUCCGGUAUGCUGCCGAGUACAGCAUGGACCAGUUUGCGUCCAAGGUUGUCGAGAAGUGUCUCAAGAUUGGCGGCUCCGAGUUCCUGAGCCGCUACCUGGAUCGCGUGUGCGAGGGCCGCGUCGACCGUCCUCGGAUCCCCUUGAUCGACAUCGCCAGCGAUCAGUACGGCAACUACCUCAUCCAAUAUAUCUUGACCCACGCCGCUCCCCAGCACCGCGAGAUUGUUGCCGCCCAUAUCCGCAAGCACAUGGUCUCUCUCCGCGGAUCCAAGUUCGGCUCCCGGGUUGGCAUGCUCUGCACGAACCAUGCGGCUGCCACGCGCCCCGGCCCGGGUGUCGGCCCGAUGCCAGGCCGGAUGGCGAGCUCUCGCUACGGUGGCGGCUACCGUUGAGUCGACUCAUCGCACUUCAGAAGCCUCUUGGCGAAGAUCUGACCGUCCCUCGAAGACGUGCGGCAUCACCGAUUCUUUCUUUGCUUGCAGCCCCACAAUGGAUUUCGCAGUCGUUUUCUCGCCUGGGAGCUCUCCUCAACCAUAUGAGACUCUGUUUUAGGAG